UACAAAUUGUUUGUAAGUUCUGUCUUAUGUCCACUGUCUUCUUAGUGUUUACUCAUUGAUAUUUAUCUUUUAAGCAUAUCUUGAUUAUGCAGCCCUUUUUUGGCAUGUUUGGAUAUGGAGGACCUAUUGCAUCUAUGCAUUUAGGAAGGCAUGCUCUUGUUUCUUUGAAGACAAAGAAUUCCAAGAAAGUAUAUAUGUUACAUCUUGUGGGAGAAGCCUUACUCGGCAGUUCUGGCUCUGAACAUACUUGGAAGAUUGGUGGUGGUAUCGGAAAUCCCUCAGAAGAUGAAAUUAGGGACACAUCCCAUGAAAGUUUAGGUGAAGGUGUUUCCAUAUUUGGUCGGAUGGUUCUAAUAAAUUCAUGAAGGAUGCUUGAUGCAAUGUCUUGAAGUAACACAUUAGAAUACAAUUUUCUAGUAAUUGUUAGCGUUGAGGAAGGAAUAACACUAUUUUUUGUUUGCUACAACCCGAACUAUGAACAUAAUGGACAUAUUAAUUUUUUCUUAGGGCUAUAACAACAUUUUGGUCUACUGCAAUUGGACGUAUUCUUAUUUAGAAGUUUGGAUUUUUCUUGGUUGCUGUUGCUUGGUAACCAAUUACAUGCUUUUCUUGGUAGUUGUUGUAUAAUUACAUGUAACAUAUUUUUUAUACUCGGUUCCACCAUGCCAUGUAUUAGAACCUGUAAAUGAGUUCCAAGAAUUGGUAAAAAAUGUUGUGAGAUUCAAUAUUAGAUGGUACAAACUGAUAUUAGGU